CCCGGCCGCACCGACACACGCACGCGAGCAGCCGCCGGCCGCAGCCGCAGCCGCGCCCAGACGAGUCGAGCCGAGUCGAACCGAACCGCGGGAGGAGCCGGUCGUUGCGAGACGGACGACAUCCGCCGGGCAGCCUAACCUCACUCCCGGACGCGACCUUAACCUCCCAGCCCGCGCUGACGCCGCGCCGCGCCGCGCCGCCCUCGUGGGGCUCGUCACUGUGAAGAGCGUAGUGACGACGAGUUGGUGGUUGCCGAGUGUGCGUAGGAUGGGAUAACACCUGUGGAUACCACGCCGAACGUCCAGCCGCGCACGCAGAGGAAUGCGCCGCCCAUGGCCCACGGCCGCCCGGCCGAGAAUGUGCCCCGGGGCCGACCGUCCACCACCGGGGCGUUCCGGGGCGUUCCAGCGGCAGCAGGCCGCACCACCGCGGCCGCCGCUCGGGCGCACCACCGAGGCGUUCCGCUGCUGCCGCAGCUGAUGGAUGCCCGCCGCAGUGCAGCUGCCGCCGCUGCAUGCAGCCCCCGGGCGCCGGGCCGCCGCCGGGCUGCAGCGCGCGCCUGACUCCCGCGGCCCGGGCCCGGGCCCGCCUCCAGCCCGGGAUGAAUGUGAUUGCGCUCUGCGGCCGGGGAUGACGGAUCGCGCGCCGGCGGUGCUGCCGCUGCUGCCGCGCGCCCACCACCACGUGACGCAGGUGCCCCCGCACCGGAAGCGGCUCCGCGACAGGACCAAAGUAGUACCCGGGUGGACACUAGGAAUCGCGCUGCUGAUGCUGCUGCUGCUGCCGCUGGCCCGCGCGGCGGGCGGGAUAUCGGCGGCAGUCCCUCGGGACCCCAGGGACCUCUCGGAACUCGACGAACCAGCGCCGCUGAGCGAGGUGCGGGCCGCCGCUGGACAGGCCGCCUCCCUGCCGUGCUCGGCCAGGCCCUCGGCCAGGACCACCGUGCCCGGGGACAGCCUCCAGAUGCUGCUGUGGUACAGCGAGUCCGCGCCCGACAACGGCAUCCCCAUCUACCGCGUGGACGCGCGAGGGCGGCCGUUGUCACAGGCGCGGAGAUGGUCGUCGCCGUCCUGGUUCGGCUCGCGGGCCCGCGUUGUCAUCGACGGCGACCUCGUGCGGCUCGUGGUGCAGCCGCUCCGAGACAGUGACCACGGCAUGUACCGGUGCAGGGCGGACUUUAAGGACUCGCCAACCCGUAACACGAGAGUCAGUCUCUUCGUCUCACUGCCGCCGACUCAGCUCGUCGUCACGCAGGCUGCGGGAGGCGCCCGGGUCCCGGUGGACGUGCUGGCGCCCCUCAGCGAGGGAGAAGAGCUCAGCCUAGCCUGUGAGGCCAUGGGAGGCAGGCCGCCGCCCAGCGUGGUCUGGCUCCUGGGCGACCAGGUGGUGGACGACUCCUGGGAGCCGGGCGCUGGCGGCGCCUCCGUGGUCAACAAGCUGGUCAUGCCCGCGCUGGGCCGCCAGCACCUGCAGUCGCUCGUGUGUCGAGCAGUGUUCGACCCGGACGCGCCGCCCGUCGAGAGGGAGCUCUUCCUCGACCUGCACCUGCGGCCGCUGAGCGUGCGCAUCGUGGGGCGCGAGCGGGUGCUGCUGGCGGGCCAGAGCUACGAGUUCCAGUGCCGCUGCUCCGGCUCCCGGCCGGCGGCCAGGCUGAGCUGGUGGUGGCGGGGCGGCGCCGCCAUCAAGGGCCCCGUGCGGAAGCUCGUCGGCUCCGAGACGGAGACCAUCAGCCUGCUGACGCUCACGCCUCGGCCGCAGGACGACGGCAGGUACAUCGAGUGUCGCGCCGAGAACCCCCUGUUCGCCGACAGCGAGAUCCGGGACGCCUGGCGACUCAGCGUGCAAUAUCCGCCAAAGGUCUCGCUCCGCAUGGGCGCCAAGAUCAACGCGAGCGCCAUCAAGGUCGGCGACGACGUGUACCUCGAGUGCGGCGUGGACGCCCAGCCCAACGCCACGCUCGUCACCUGGACCCACAACGGUCUGGAGCUGAAGACGAGCCCGGCGCGGGGGGUGCUGCUCAACGACCGCACCCUCAUCCUGCAGCGCGUGGGCCGCGGCGCGGCCGGCAGCUACGUGUGCGCGGCCAGCAACAGCGAGGGCAGGGGCCAGUCGCCGCCGCUGCCGCUCGCCGUCCUGUUCCCGCCCGAGUGCGCGCGCCGCGGGCCGCAGCUGCUGGGCGCCCUGCUCCACGAGCCGCUGGAGCUGGCCUGCGCCGUGGAGGCCCUGCCGCCGCCGCAGUGGUUCCGCUGGAAGUUCAACGAGACCCUCGAGCUGCCACGCGCCGCCCGCGCCCACGGCGGCAGCACCGGCCGCCUCACCCUCGCGCCCGCCGGCCCCCAGGACUACGGCCUGUACGCCUGCUGGGCCGACAACCACGUCGGGCAGCAGGCCCAGCCCUGCCUCAUCCGCGUCGUCCACGCAGGUGCCCCGCUGCCGCCGUCCAACUGCUCUAUGGCGCGUCUGCUGACCCCGGCCGGGGUCCCCCGCCCCGCCGAGAUCCGCGAGAGGACACCGCCGUGGAGCUUCGGGGCCGAUCUGCAGCCCCCACCGCCGCAGCAGCCCGCCACCCUGGACCAGCACGAGGACGGCGUCGACGGCCAUGCGGGGACGCUCCGGGUGGACUGCCGCGCCCCGCCGGCCUCCGGGCUGCCGGAGCACUUCCAGCUGCACCUGCUGCGUGAGCCGCUGGCGGUGCUGCGCUACAACCUGACCCUGCCCGGAGGCGCGCCGCCCGUCUGGGAGCUGCCCUGGGCCCCGGAGCCCGGCGCCACCUACUCGGCCCGGGUGUACGCCGUCAACGCCAAGGGCAGGUCCGAGGCCACCGUCUUGGAGGGAGGCCCGCUGCGCGGCGCUGACCCCACCGCCGCCGACCCCUCGAACCUGUCGGGCGGAGCCGCGGACCCGCUGCUGGGCGGGCUGGUGGCCGCGUCCUGCGCCCUGCUGCUCGUGGCGAGCGGGGCCCUGCUGGCCAUCGCCGCCUGCCGCCCCCGCCGGCGCGCGGCCCAUCAGGAGGACGCCGAAGAGGACGGGGACGUCCACGCCGCCGCCGACGACGACCAGGACCGGGCCAACGGCGCCGCCGCCACCGCGGCCACCAGCCUCCUCCUCGUGGACAAAAACGGCGGCGCACCGCGUGUCGUCCUGGCCGACCGGCGGCAGCUCCAGGCCGACGAGGCCAACCCGGACGUCAUCCCCGCCGGCGAAGGUGUCCCCAGGGCGGGCGCCGCCUCCGCCUCGGCCCCCGCAACCUCCUCCUCCUGGAGGGCCAGGGCCAGGAGGGCCGGCAAGACGCCGCCGCCUCCGAGGAGGAGCACGAGCCGCCGCCCCUGCGCGCCGCCGCCACCCCACGGCCUCCACGAGGAGGAGGGCGGGCAGCUGCUCGCAGCGGCCGGGGGCGGGGGGCGGGAGGGAGCGGCCGCCGCAGCGACCGACGAGGUCCAGCCCUCCACGGACCCGCCCAGAGGUCGGCCCCUCCCCGGCACCGUGCGGCCGCAGCGGCCACAGCCGGCGCAGCAGCAGCAGCAGGAGAGCGAAUGCUAGCUGCCUCGUCAUAAUCAUCAUCACCAAGUGGGAGAACUUGAUCGCCCGCGCUUUGUACAUACGACAUUCCAUAUCAUUUUUGUACAUUACGAGUAAAAUAUGCCUCGACCGGCGCAAACAGAAUA